AUGCGCGGCGCGCUCGCGCCGUCGCCGCGCGUCCGCCGCCUCACCCCACCCCGCCUCUCCACGCGCGCCACCGCGUCUCCGCGACGCAUCGACCGUCCACGCACGAUAUGGAUCGACACCGACGAGAUCGAUUGCGUCACCGCCGCUUUGGAGUCUGGCGUCGGCGCCGUCGUCGUGACCAGGAGCGCCGCAUUCGCCGCGCGCUGCGGAACGCUCGCCUCUGGCAUGGACGUUUUGACCAUCGACGUCGAGUCGGGCUCGAUACAAGACGCGAACGGAGCGACGCGAGCGAUGGUGUACGCGUGCGAGACGCCGGAGGGGGUGGAGGCGAUGAACGCGAGCGCGCGGUCGGCGGCGCUUUCGGGUACGGCGGCGGUGAUGGACUGCGGGACGGGCGGGAAUUGGAGCGUAAUUCCGGCCGAAAACGCGGUCGCGGCGUUCGCGGGGAGCGAACGGGCGUUACUGGCGGUGGCGUCGACGGCGAGCGAGGCGCGGGUGUUCUUGGAGGCGCUGGAGACGGGGACGGAUGGAAUCGUAUUGAGAACGCGCGACCCGAACGAGGUACGAGCGAUGCGAGACGUCGCGAGCGGUGGAUCGGUGGCGUUAGAGAUGGCGACAGUGACGACGAUCGAGCGCGUGGGCGCCGGAGAUCGCGUCGCCGUCGAUUGCGCGACGAAUUUCGAGAUUGGAGAGGGGAUGCUAUGCGGGAGUUACGCGAGCGGAUUGUUUCUCGUACACGCCGAAAACGUCGAGUGCGGCUACGUCGCCUCGAGACCGUUUCGCGUGAACGCCGGCCCGACGGCGUCGUAUUGCAAAGCUCCGAAUGGCAAAACAAACUACUUGUCAGAGUUGGGCGCCGGGUCGGAGGUUUUGGUCGUCGCGGCUGACGGCAAGAGCCGCGUGACGAAUGUCGCUCGAGUGAAAAUCGAGCGCAGAUCCCUCGUCUUGAUCAAGGCCGAGCACCCGACCGCGGGCACUUUAUCCGUCUUACUCCAAAACGCAGAAACCGUGCGACUGGUGCGUCCGAACGGCGAGCACGUCUCCGUGUCCGCGCUCCGCCCCGGCGCCGAAGUGCUCGUCGCCGUCGACCUCUGCGCCCGCCACGCCGGCACCGCCGUCGACGAAGCCGUCUGGUCCGAGCGCUGA